AUGUUUAAGUUUAUAUCAUUAAUUGUCAUCAUAUUGAUUGUAAUUACUUUUGCCCAAGAAGAUACAAGUAAAGAAAAACAUUUUGAUACAAUAAUUGGUAUUGAUCUUGGCACCAGUUAUUCAAGUGUUGGUGUCUUUAAAAAUGGUCGUGUAGAAAUCAUUGCUAAUGAUCAUGGUAGUCGUAUAACACCAUCUUAUGUUGCAUUUACUGCUGAAGGUGAAUAUUUAAUUGGUGAUGUAGCUAAAAACCAAUUGACGUCAAAUCCCGAAAAUACUGUAUUUGAUGUUAAACGUCUUAUUGGUCGUGAAUAUAACGAUCCAAGUGUUCAAUCAGAUAUUAAAAAUUUUCCAUUUACAGUUAUCAAUCGUAAAUCUAAACCAACAAUAGCUAUAAAUAUUGGAUCAGAGCGAAAAUAUUUCAAACCAGAAGAAAUUUCUGCUAUGGUAAUUGGUAAAAUGCGUGAGAUCGCUGAAGCCUAUCUUGGCUACAACGUUACACGUGCUGUUAUUAGUGUUCCAUCUUAUUUUAAUAGUGCUCAACGUCAAGCUACUAGAGAUGCUGCAGCAAUCUCUGGUUUACAUGUCAUGCGUCUAAUUAAUGAACCAACAGCUGUUGCUAUUGCUUAUGGUCUUGAUAAGAAAGAAGGAGAAAAAAAUAUUGUUGUUUUUGAUUUGGGAGGUGGAACAUUAAGUGUAUCAGUUGUAAUUAUCGAUAAUGGUUCGAACAUUAACAGUGUAUUUGAAGUUGUUGCAACAAAUGGUGAUACACAUUUAGGUGGUAAAGAUUUUGAUGAACGUGUUAUGGAACAUUUCAUAAAAUUAUUUAAAAAGAAAACUGGUAAAGAUGUUCGGCAAAGUAAUCAAGCUGUACAAAAAUUACGACAUGAAAUUGAAAGAGCUAAACGAAUCUUAUCAUCUGAACGUCAAACAACAAUUGAAAUCGCAUCAUUUUAUAAUAAUGAAGAUUUUAAUGAAAUAUUAACACGUGCAAAAUUUGAAGAAUUAAAUAUAGACUUAUUUCGUUCAACACUAAAAUCAGUACAAAAAGUUUUAGAAGAUGCUGAUUUAAAAAAGAAUGAUAUCUUAGAAAUUGUUCUUGUCGGUGGUUCAACACGUAUUCCAAAAAUUCAACAAUUAGUUAAAGAAUUCUUCGAUGGAAAAGAACCAUCCCGUGAUAUCAAUCCAGAUGAAGCUAUUGCUUCUGGUGCUGCUCUUCACGCUGGCGUUUGGGCAGGUGAACAAGAUACUGGUGAUAUCGUUUUUUUCGAAGGAACUUCAUUAACUAUGGGUAUUGAAACAGAUGGUGGUGUGAUGACAAAAAUUAUUCCACGUAAUACAGUUAUUCCAAAUAAGAAAAGUCAAAUUUUUUCCACUACUGCUCAUAAUCAAGCAGUUGUAACAAUUAAAGUAUUUGAAGGUGAACGUCCAAUGGCAAAAGACAAUCAUUUUAUACGUAAACUUGAUCUUGCUGAUAUUCCACCAGCACCACGAGGUGUACCGGAAAUUGAAGUUAUUUUUGAAAUUGACAAUGAUGGUAUUCUUAAAGUUACUGCUGAAUAUAAAGGAGCAAGAAAUGGAAAUAAGGAUGUGGGAGUUGAGGAGUCGAAUUUUAAACAUUGA